AUGUCUACAGGAACUAAUGCUAAUACUACAUGCAGAAGGAAGUCAAAGUGUGGCAUGGAGCGUCCAUCUUGCACCUCGUGCGUUACUCAUAACUGGGCAUGCUCCUAUUCUCUGAUCCGAAGGAAGCCUGGUCCACGACAAGGCUCAAGACAAAUCCAGACUGUCCGUUUUCAGCAGCGUCUCGGUAUGUCUUCGCCAUGUCUCACAAUGAAAGGAAAACUCAUCAGCUCCCAAGAUCGCAUCGAGAAGCUUCUGCCCCCGUCUCCAUCUGCUGGGAGUAACCAGUCGCAAGAAUUGCAAGACUUCCCCCGCACGUCGCAACCUGACUGUAACCCUGAGCCUGAAGGCUCGCUCCAGACCAGAUUUCCCGCACUGCCCGCUUCCGAAAUGGAAUACCAGUCGGCAGCGUUGAGCAGCCACAUGCAGCAGCUUCAGUUAAGCAUUAGUUGGAUCGGGAACCGCCAGCCCGUUCCACCCGGUAUGGGAUUUAACUCGGCCCCGGCGACCGAGAACUAUGUUCCGUACGGCUUGUCCUUGCCCGUACGAGUAGAGCUCGAGCUGCUAUCCCUCUUCUUCACAGAAGUCUCUUUGCCCAUCCCUGUGUUUUGUACAGCGAAGUUUUAUUCCGAAUAUGAGGCAGGGCAAGUCCCGAGAUACCUCUUGGAUGCUAUGUUUUCUCUAUCAGCUCGAUUUUCUCGCGCUCCCGAAGUCCUUCGUCUGACAAACAGAAACCGCUAUCGAUUGGGGAAGUUCUUUAGCGAAAAAGCCCAUCGAGUACUCGAAGACAUGACUCGUGAUGGCGAUGUCGUUUCGCCGAUCGAACUUAAGGCGGCAUACUUGCUGACGUAUCAUGAUCUCACAUGCCUGCCGUCGAGGGAAGGAGCUCAACAGUGUGCGAAACUGGUUAGAAUGGCGUACAUGUGCCGAUUGCAUCAACUCGACAAUGCGACCGUAUCCAUGUCCACCAAUAACAACAACAGCCAAAACAGUGCCAUCGAGUUGGAGGAAAACAGGUGCUUGUGGUGGGGAAUUUUCUCCUUGGACUGCUUUUGCAGUUUAACUUCCUUUGUCCCGUCUAACAUCGAGGAUCUCAGCAUAGCCACCUGCCUGCCGUCGUCAGUCAUAACUAAUCUCACUGCAGUGGACCUGCCACUUCCAAAAGGGGGGUUUCUGGACGAUGAAAGCGCAACAUUUUGGCCCGCGACGCAAAACCAGUUUUCUACUGGAUCUGGUGUACAGUCUUUACUGCUACAUGUGAUUAACCUCUCGAGGGAGAUGACUACUGCACGACGCUUGUAUUACGAGAAUUCUCGAUGUAACCUAACGCCAAACCUGGAGCAACUGAAACAAAAUUGGAAACUGCUUUUCACAAACGUGCCGAGCUGGGUUUUCGACCCAGAAUAUCAUGAAUUCGACGGAAACGCGGCAAGGCACCGAAAACGCUUGGAAACUCUCAACAUGAUUUACAUUGUUGGUGCCUUAUCUUGCUUUCCACCGCUGCAACUCAAUCUACGUUUGCCGCAAGGUGCGCUAUCAAACAACGACGGCCUAGACGGGUCGUGGAAACUAUGUGUUUCUCACGCAUUGAUGAUAUCAGCCGCGUACAAAUUCUGGACAAAGGACCAUUUCCUUGCGGCGGAUCCCAUUAUGCUACCAGUAACGUGGAUGGCAACCUGCAUCUUGAUCAUGGAGACAAUGAAUUCCUCUGUCGUGGACAAUUUGGAGAAGCUUGCGACCCUGGAUGCUGUCGACACUCUAAUGAGUAGCCUCAACAGCUGCUCACAGCCUUGGGGGAUUAUUACUCUCCUUACACGUUCUGCAGUUGAGCUUCGAGGGCAAUCUUGGAUGAAGUUGAACUUAUCCUCCAUACUUCAGCUACUUCUAACCCUGUCGGCGCCCCAGAAUCAAGAUCGGCAGGAGAAACAGGGAUCUACCAAUCCUGCCACGGGGUCUACGCUAGUACCAGAUUAUACUGGCGUUAUUGAGGACACUGGUACGGGGAGCAUGGCCCCGGCCGGACUGAUGCCACAUGACGUGGCACUCCAAUUUGGGAACGAAUCGCUGGACAUUUUUGACUGGUUUUUGAACGACCAGGGUAAUGGAAUUUGGCAGAACUGCGAUUUCCGAUUGGGGGAUUUAUCUGGCUGA